AUGCCGGGAAGCCGUGUCGUAAUUGACGGACUAUGGAGAUGUCUCUGUCCCUCGUUCGACCUGAGCUGCCUCAGAGUUGCGGAACAUUCAGCCACCCGUGAAAUUCCCUAUCGCGCAGGUUCUCUUCGUCUCCGGUCGAAUCGCAUCCAAGCCAGGCCUUUUCACCAGACAGCUGUCCGGCAUGAGUAUCACAAUAUACCGAAUGGAGAACCGGAUCACAGCGGCAAGCAGUCGGAUCGGACCUCGCCCCUACUCAAAGCGAAAGACCGCCAGUCCGAGACCCAUGCUCUGAGAUCGACGCCGGUACCCAUCAUCUACGAUGCGUUGCGCGAGCUCCAGGAACUGCCGGGUUCGGCGCGGAGAAUCAAUCGCUUCGUCAAGCACCUGAUCGAGGAGCGGGGGGAGAAGCCCAGCUUGCGCACAUAUGAGCUUCUGCUACGGGCCAAUGCCGCCGUGAGGGGAUCCGCGGACGACGUGCGGGAGCUGCUCAAGCAGAUGAGGGAAAACGGCGUGGACGGGUCGUCGAGCGUGUACCACGCCGCGCUGGAGGCGCUGGCCGUCCACCCGGACUACCUGCUGAGGAACAGUGUCAUCAAGGAAAUGAGGGACCGGUGGAUCGAGAUCGCUCCCGAAGGCUGGCACAGCGUCGUGGUCGGCUUGCUGCGCGACGGCCAGUACGAGAUGGCGCUGGACAAGCUUGAGGACUUGCAAAAGGCGCAUGUCGGGAUACCGGACUGGCUAUACGACAUAUUCGUCUACACCUUUGGUCAGAUGGGCUUCCUGGACGAGGCGCUCCAGAUGGUGAACCACCGGCUGCAGAAGGAGACCGGAGACGUGUCCCUGAACGUGUGGCAUUUCCUGCUCGAGGUCUGCAGCAGCGGGUACCACCACGAGGGGACAAAGUACGUCUGGAACCGCAUGGUGCAGCCCAAGCUGCUCGUGCCGUCCGACGGCACCGUGACAAACGUGCUCAACACGGCCGCCCGCGCGGGCGACCCCAAGCUCGCGGACCAGGCCACCCAGUACCUGGUCUCGCGCGGCACCAAGCUGGGCGUGCACCACUUCGAGGCCCUGCUGGAGUGCUACGCCGUCGCCAGCGACAUCGACAAGGCCCUCCACGGGCUGUGCAUCAUGCGCCAGGCCGGCAUCCCGAUCGGCCGCGGCAGCACCCGGCCCGUCUACCGCGCCCUCCGGCGCUACCCUUCCCUCGUGGAGCCGGCCGUCAAGACCCUCUUCGACCUCGCCGGCAAGUUCGCCGUGCCCAUCGCCGCCUUCAACGUCGUGCUCGAGGGCAUGCUCGCCGUGGAAGACGGCGCAGGCCAGCAGGCGCAGCAGGAGCACGCUCUCGACCUGUACCGCCACGUGCGGCAGGUGUGCCCGGAGCAAGGGCCGGACAUCACGACAUUCCACGUCCUGCUGCAGCGCUGGGAAGGCGCCGGCGACGCCCGGGUCGUCGACUUCCUGGCCUCCGAGAUGGAGUCCUUUGGCAUCCGGCCCGACGGCCAGGUCCUGGACGCCCUCGUGCGCAUCGCCGUGCUCCACGGCGCCGACCUCGACCUGGCGAUGAGGUACGUCUUUAGGCUCGUCGAGACGGACAUGUCGGUGGCCGGCGGCGGAGACGCGGCGCCCUGGAUCGGCGAGGACACCGCCGUACUGCUAGUGAAACGGUGCCUCAACGACGAAGAUGCUCGCCUCUGGGACCUGCUGGAGGCUUGUCGCGCCAGGGGCAUGGAUCUCGAUUGGGUUGUGCGUGCUGGUGGUGUCGUCGCCGAUGAGGGUCACCCCGAAGAAGCGCCACACAAGAAGGAGAACUGGCCUGGCGAGUUCGGCCAGCACAGGCAGGAGAGAGACACGGGGCUCGAAGAUGAGCCGCUGCACGCGUCGCUUUUGUAA